GCGAAAGUGAAAGAAAGGAUCCAUUUUGUGACGUUGUAAAAUAAAUAUUUUCCAGAGGAAAAACAACACAUGAAUUAUCUCCAUCUGCAGUUGUGGACUGUAAAGCUGUCGGUGUUCCUCUGACUGCAGCUCAGUUUUUUGGGUUUAUAGUGGAUUUUUAACACAGCAGGAGUUUUAGUCGAUUUGUAAGUGAUUUCCUGUAAAGUGAGUGAGAUCUGAUCCAGGGUUCGAUGCUGGAGUGAAGUAACCAGGUAAAGUUCUGCUGUACUCUGAAGCAGGAAACAUGUCCUCCAAAAGGAGUUUGUGUGGAAAACAAGACUUAAAGAAAGACAAGAGAAUGGAAAAGAGAAAAAUGUCAGACCCACCAGAACCCAGCUGUGUGUCCAUGAAGAGUGAUCAGUCAAUGGAAAGUCCAAUCGAAUUGAAAAAUGACCGACGUUCUACCGAUCAGAGAAUGAAAAAGAGAAAAAUGUCAGACCCACCAGAACCCAGCUGUGUGUCCAUGAAGAGUGAUCAGUCAAUGGAAAGUCCAAUCGAAUUAAGAGAUAGCGGAAGUUCUACUGUUCUGAGAUCACAAAAAAAGAAAUUAAACAACACUGAGCUGGGCUCCAUAUUCAAGGAUGUGGAACACAAAAUGUUCACAAUAAUAAAGAAUGAGCUAAAGAGGUAUAAAAAACUCCUGACUUCAGAAUGCCCAGAGGUGGACGUAAAGGAUGAGGGGGAUCUGGAAGUGGUCAAUGAUGCAGUGCUGAAGAUCACACUCCAUGUCCUGAAGAAUACAAAGCAUGUGGAUCUUGCAAAUGCAUUGAACAACAAGCUGGACCCGGUCUCUGAAAUUAAGCAAACAUACAAAUCUAACCUGGGAGAGAAAAGUCAAAGGAUUAAUGAAGGAAUCUUACAGCAUGGAAGUUCAGCACUUCUGAAUGAGAUCUACACAGAGCUCUACAUCACAGAGGGUUGGAGUGGAAACGUUAAUAAUGAACAUGAGGUGAGACAGAUUGAUAUAGCAUCCAGGAGACCAUCAACACAGGAGACACCCAUCAAAUGUAAUGAUCUCUUUAAAGACAAGUCCAUCAGAAGUGUGCUGACUAAAGGAGUUGCUGGAAUUGGAAAAACAGUCUCUGUGCAGAAGUUCAUUCUGGAUUGGGCUGAAGAAAAAGCAAAUCAGGACGUCACCUUCAUGUUUCCACUUCCCUUUAGAGAGCUGAAUCUGAUGAAACAGAGAAAUUUUAGUAUGAUGAAACUUCUUCAUCACUUCUUUCCAGAAAUAAGACGACUGCAAACCAUUAAAAGUAACUCCUACAAAGUUCUGUUCAUCUUUGAUGGUCUGGAUGAGUGUCGACUUCCUCUAAACUUCCAUAACAAUGAAAUACUGAGUGAUGUGACAGAAUCAGCUUCAGUGGAUGUGCUGCUGACGAACCUCAUCAAGGGGAAUCUGCUUCCUUCUGCCCAUCUCUGGAUCACCUCUCGUCCAGGAGCAGCCAAUCAGAUCCCUCCAGAGUGUGUAGACCAGGUAACAGAGAUACGAGGCUUCAGCGAUCCUCAGAAAGAGGAGUACUUCAACAAAAAGAUCAGUGAUCAGAGCCUGGCCAAUAAAAUCAUCACCCAUGUGAAGGCUUCAAGAAGCCUCUACAUCAUGUGCCACAUCCCAGUCUUCUGCUGGAUCUCAGCCACUGUUCUAGAAAGAAUGUUGGGUGAAGCAGAGAGUGGAGAGAUCCCCAAGACUCUGACUCAAAUGUUCACACGCUUCUUGAUAUUUCAGAUCAAACACAAGGACCAAAAGUACCAUCAGAAAUGUGACCAUGAUCCUAAGCAGACCAGAGCGAGCAUCCUGGCACUUGGAAAACUGGCUUUCCAACAGCUGGAGAAAGGCAAACUUAUCUUCUAUGAGGAAGACCUAAGAGAGUGUGGCAUUAAUAUCAGUGAUGCUUCAGUGUACUCAGGAGUGUGUACUCAGAUCUUCAGGGAGGAGUUUGGGCUUCACUUUGAAAAAGUAUUCAGCUUUGUACAUCUGAGUGUUCAGGAGUUUCUGGCUGCUUUAUAUGUAUUUCUUUCUUUUACCUACAAGGAUCUCGCAGAAGAUCAAGCUACUGUUGUGUUUGGUAUUUUCAACAAGACAAACAUGUCUGAGUUCCUCAGGAGUGCAGUGGACAAGGCCUUACAGAGUGAGAAUGGACACAUGGACCUGUUCCUCCGCUUCCUUCUGGGUCUCUCAUUGGAGUCCAAUCAGACUCUCUUAAGAUGCCUAAUGCCACACACUGGAAGUAGCUCUCACAUCACUCAGGAAACAGUGGACUACAUCAAGGAGAAGAUCAGGGAGAAUCUGUCUAUAGAGAAAACAAUCAAUCUGUUCCACUGUCUGAAUGAACUGAAUGAUAAUUCACUAGUGCAGGAAGUACAAACUUACGUGAGCAGCAAAGGUAACAGUUGUCUCAGUGGAUCCAGACUCUCUCCUGCUCAGUGGUCAGCUUUGGUGUUUGUGUUGCUGAACUCAGAACAGGAGCUGAAUGAGUUUUAUUUGAGAAAAUAUGAUCGAUCAGAGGAAUGUCUCCUGAGACUUCUGCCAGUGAUCAAAGCAUCCAGAAAAGCCAUUCUGCGUGAUUGUAACCUGACAGAGGAAAGCUGCAGAAUUCUUUCCUCAGUUCUCAGCUGCAACUCCUCCAAUCUGAGAGAACUAAACAUGAGUUACAAUAACCUGCAGGAUUCCGGAGUGAAGAUGCUCUGUGCUGGACUGGAGAAUCCACAGUGUACACUGGAGAUGCUCUUGAUGUGUUGCUGCAACGUUACAGGUGCAGGAUGUGCCGCUCUGGCUUCGGCUCUGAGGUCCAACCCCUCAUCACGCGUGAGAGAAAUCUAUCUUUACGGUAAUAAAACAAACGAAGUAGGAGUGAAGAUGCUCAAUGAUCUAGUGAAGGAUCCCCAGUGUAAACUGGAGAAACUACACAUUGAGACUCAUGAUUGAUAAAUGACAGGAGUCUCACUGCAAGCCUUCUGUCCAGAGACAGGACCUUUAAUCCUACAUAUCAAAGAUUUUGGUGGACAGUUUCUCAUAUACCAAAUGGAAAUUUUCAAUAUCAUAUCAUUAACACACAAAACAGAGAUGUGAUAUUUCAGUGGUUUUAAUUUUAAAAAGUACAUAAACAUUUGUUUACUGUUUAUACAUGUUGUAGAAUAUCAGGCCAUGGUUGUGUUGCUUGAUUUGUUUACAAAGUAUUUAGACAACCUGGAUUCUAUCUUCUCACUUGGGAUUUUUUUCGUUCCAGACAUUUUUAUUUUUAAAUAUUUGUAUAUAAUUUUUUUUUAAAAACACAGAACAUACAAAGUAUUUAAAGUACCAUCUUAAUUCAGAAUAACAAUAGUGUACGCACCUACAGGAAUAUUUUAUGGGGUCAUUCUAUAGCAUGAUCCCACACCAAGUUUCUGACUGAGCAUACCUGUAGGGAUUUAAACACCCACCCACCCUCACAGUGUAUAUGCUUAGGAUCUUAAACCAUGCCUCGUGUUUCCUGUUUGUUCAUAUAUUGACCCUGUUCUGUUUUUGACCAUGACUCCGCCUCUCAUUUUGGAUUUAUUUGCAUGUUUUCUAUUAAAGUCUGAGAUUGAGCAGGACAUCCAGAACACAUACUGCACAAGUAAACAAUCCUGCAGAACAAGCAAAAAAUUAUUAUAAUAAAAAAAUAAUUGUAUUGUGUCCA